CGGGAGACACUCGAUCCGCCUACUGUACAAUGAAGCGUCGCUACGCUAGAGGAAUCUACAAGGAUGUUCGAGUCGAAGACGUCCGACAAGACAUUACGCUCGGCAUGCCAUGCACUCCACAUUGGCGAGCUGUUCGCCUUCGCUGCUCAAUGCCAUUCUUUUAAUCUGCUCAUUCUCAACAUCGCCUUCUCUACUUUCCUGAUAACCCCCUUCGCGCUUCUAUCUAGUGACUGGAAGAGAUGCUGGUUGCUUUUGUCCGGUGCUCUUGUCCUCCGGAGAUUGUGUACAACAAGUGACGGUUACGACGUUCACAGGCCUCUACUGUACCUCCUCAUCUCGAGCACGCCCACUGCGGGUAGGACCGUUCAAUAUGGCAGGCGCAAUCGUGAAGCAGACAUGGAUCCUUACGAAGAAGACACUGCUCGUCGUCUUCGUGCGCCACUGGUUCUUCACGAGCGUGAGGGCAUUCUGGGCGCCCAUAAUAUUUAUGUUUUUUAUUACCUACGCAAAGAACUUCUUCAUCCCUCCCUCGGACUUCGGCAUCGGCAGCAUCCAUCCCAUUCGUUCCUUCCCUAACGCGCUCAACGCUGCGACUGGAGGCCGCGACAAGGUCAUCUUCGUGAACAAUGGGCAUACGGGUGGCGAGAUUGACAAAGUCAUUGGACAACUGUCGAAUCAAGUGCGUGACGCAGGAUUGGAAGCAAUCACAAUACAGCAAGAGGUGGAUUUGCUCGCUACCUGCCAGAGCUCCUUGAGAGGCGCAAGUACAUGUUUUGGCGCAGCAACUUUCCACUCGAGUCCAAAUCAAGGACAAGGAAGGGCAUGGAACUACACGAUUCGGUCGGACGGUGCGCUUGGAAAAAACAUUUACGUGGCCAAGACCGACAACGAUGUCCAGCUCUACAUCUUGCCCUUUCAGCGGGCUAUCGACCAAACCAUCGCCUCCCUCAACGGCACCCAGACAGUUCCCGAGAUAGACGAGUACACAUACACCGAGCGUACACAGAAAGAGCGGGACGAAAGGAUCAGAACCCUUUACAUGGGUGCAUUGAUCGAUAUCAUGGGCGCGGCGCUAUACAUUGGUGUUUGUGGCGUCACAUACCAGCUUACUGGGCAAAUGGCAGAAGAAAGAGAACGCGGGAUAUCGCAGCUUGUAGAAGCAAUGUCUCCUGCAAAGCAAGCGUGGCACACACAAUUUGCUCGCCUCCUGUCAAAUCACAUUGCUUUCGACAUAAUAUAUUUCCCGUCGUGGGUCUUUAUGGGCAUCAUUGUCUGGGCGCUUGCUUUUCGAACUUCGAAUGCCGCAAUCCUAGUCAUCUUCCAUAUCCUGGCUGGUCUAUCCUUGACGAGCUUCUCCAUUUUUGGUGCUGCGUUCUUCCGCAAGGCUCAACUCUCAGGUAUAACCAUCGUCAUCAUCCCAAUUUUGUUGGCAAUCAUCGCCCAAGUCGCUGGGCCAUUUGGCACAGGUGCCGUCUAUAUUCUUGCCCUUAUCUUUCCAUCGAUCAAUUACGUCUUCUUCAUCGUCUACGUCGCUCGAUUUGAGAGGCAGCUUAUUCCGACGAAUCUAGUCAAAGCUGCACCUGCCUAUGAAAAUCACAUCUGGACCACUACUGGAAUAGUCCUCUGGAUUUUCUUGAUCAUCCAGACUCUAGUGUACCCUGUACUGGGCGCUCUCGUCGAGCGGUGGCUCUAUGGCACCGUGUCUGCGGAUAGAAAGACAUCGGCAUCAUCCCCCGACCACAAUAUCAUCUUGACAAACUUUUCCAAGCACUGGAAACCCAGUUGGUUCCGCACGACUGUCUUAGCUAAGAUCGGUAUCAAGCCGCCCGAGACCGUUAUUGCUGUGGAUGACUUUAGCAUGAAGGCUCGUAAAGGUCAAAUUAUGGUGCUGCUCGGAGCCAACGGUAGUGGCAAAUCGACCACGCUAGAUGCGAUUGCUGGACUAAAUUCAAUCACCAGCGGCGCUAUUGAGAUUGACGGUACUGGAGGCCUCGGUCUUUGCCCACAAAAAAACGUAAUGUGGGACGAACUGAACGUGUACGAGCACAUCCGAAUUUUCAAUCAGCUCAAAUCUACUGGGGCGUACGAUAGUAAAGAUACGAUUGAGAGUCUCAUCCGCGCCUGCGAUCUGGGACACAAGAUCAAAGCACAGUCGAGUACUCUUUCUGGUGGCCAGAAGAGGAAGCUCCAAUUGGCCAUGAUGUUCACUGGUGGUUCGAAGGUUUGCUGCGUUGACGAGGUUUCUUCUGGCUUGGAUCCACUCUCCCGACGAAAGAUCUGGGAGAUACUGCUCGCUGAGCGUGGUGAUCGCACGUUUCUUCUCACCACUCACUUCCUCGACGAAGCAGACGUUCUUGCAGACUACGUUGCCAUCCUCUCUCGUGGUGUGCUCAAGACUAAAGGAACCUCUGUUCAGCUGAAGCAUGAAGUUGGCGCCGGUUACCAUGUCACCUACCCCAAGGAUGCGCCGGUUGAACCACCCUUUGAUGCGGUCAAGAAGCCUGCCCCUUCCGAGGGCUACGUGCAGUACCAGUUCCCGGACGCACUUCCAGCUACUAGGUUUAUCGAUGUGUUGAAGGACCACGGAGUGAAAAACUAUGAUAUCGUAGGACCGACAUUGGAGGAUGUAUUCCUCGCAAAUGCUGAGGAAGUCAAAGAAUACCAACUCAUGGACGCCGAAAAAGAUGAGCAAACGGGUGUUCUGGCGUCGAAUGAAGAUGUGCCCUCGUCUUCGGUGGAAACCUGUGAGACGGAGAAAAAUCUUGAGAUGGGUAAGGGUCGUGGCACAUCAAUGGUCAAGCAAACCCUUAUCCUCGUUCAAAAGAGAUGGACAAUCCUACGACGGAACUUUUGGCCUUAUGUUUUUGCACUACUACUUCCUAUCGUAGCUGCUGGUUUAGUUACUCUCUUUCUGAAGGACUAUACCGCCGUGGGAUGUGAUCCGGGCGCCAACUCGAAUGCCCCCACAGUGUUCUCUCUUGCGAACGUCGACGCUAUUCCACUCAUCCCUAUCGGGCCCCCAAACCUCGUCGGGCCUGCCAUUAGUACGAUCGUCGAACGCACUGGCAUCCGCAAUGACAGCUUCUACAUGGUUGACACGCUGGACCAAUUCAAUGACUUCGUUCAAACUCGCUUCCGCAACAUCACGCCUGGUGGCUUCUUCCUCCGCGAGAACGAGCCUCCGGUCAUGGCAUACCUCGGCAACGGUGGCUUAGUCGGCGGACUCGUAACGCUUAACACGCUGGACAACAUCCUCACCAACAUCCCCAUCUCGACGCAGUACCAGCAAUUUGCCGUUCCGUUCGCACCCAACAUGGGCAAAACUCUACAGCUUAUCCUAUACUUUGGCUUGGCCAUGUCUGUUUAUCCAGCACUGUUUGCGUUGUACCCUACGCAAGAGCGACUGAGGAAUGUCCGAGCCUUGCACUAUAGCAAUGGAAUCCGGGCGGUACCAUUGUGGCUAGCUUACACCAGUUUCGACUUUGUGUUUGUUCUUGUGAUUGCCGGUGUCACUACGGCGAUCUUUGUAGGCGCAUCCGGCGCCUGGUACGCACCUGGGUACCUGUUCGUAGUCUUCUUCCUCUAUGGCCUUUGUGCGACCCUCUUCGCGUACCUUAUAUCCAUCGUAGUCACGUCGCAGCUCGCCGCUUUUGCCUUUGCGGCCGGAGGCAUGGUAUCGUUAUACCUCAUCUACUUCGUUGGAUAUAUGGCCAUUUUAACAUACGCUCCCGCCUACGCCAUCGACUCUUACCUAAGCAAAUUCCAUUGGACAGUGUCUCUCAUCUCACCUUCAGCGAGUCUGCUGAGGACACAAUUGUUGUCUCUCAAUUCUUUCAGUGUGCUGUGUGACGGCAAUCAGAUCCCGAGCUACCCUGGGGCGAUUGCUGUCUAUGGUGGCCCUAUCCUCUACCUAACCGUCCAGAUUAUCCUCCUUUUCAUAGCUCUAGUCUGGUGGGAUUCAGGAUAUCGGCCUCCCUUCUUAAACCGCGAGAAAGGCCGCCAGCAGCAUUCAGAAGAAAGUGUUGACUCGUUGCCACCUGCAGUCGUCGCUGAGAUCAACCGCGCUGAGCAAAGUAAAGACAGUCUACGAGCCCUCCAUUUACAAAAGACAUUUGGCAACAACCACGCUGUCAACGACAUUACUUUCGGUAUUCCACAAGGACAGGUUUUCGCUUUGCUCGGCCCUAACGGUGCGGGAAAGUCCUCAACCAUCUCGCUCAUUCGUGGUGACAUCCACCCAACAACCCACAUUAACGGCGGUGGUGACGUUCUUAUCGAAGACAUCUCCAUCAUCUCCAAGCGAGCAGCGGCACGAGGCCACCUCGGUGUCUGCCCGCAGUUCGAUGCCAUGGAUUCGAUGACCGUCACCGAGCACCUUUACUUUUACGCCCGCGCUCGCGGUGUCUCUGACCCAAAGUCAUCUGUCGAGGCCAUCCUCCAGGCUACUAGUCUUGCCAGGUUCCACGAUCGUUUAGCUUCCAAACUCUCUGGUGGUAAUAAGCGUAAGCUUUCAUUGGGUAUAGCAUUGAUGGGCAAUCCUUCCGUUCUUCUUCUUGACGAACCAUCCUCGGGCAUGGACGCCGCUGCCAAACGUGUCAUGUGGCGCACACUCCUCGGAGUCGCGGCACCUGGUCGUGCGCUACUCAUCACCACACAUUCCAUGGAGGAAGCAGAUAAACUCGCCACUAGAGUCGGUAUCAUGAAACGCAAGAUGCUAGCUCUUGGUACUGUUAGUGAUCUCGGAGAGCAGUAUGGCGACGCUUGGGUGGUACAGUUGGUGCUCAAGUCUGCUCCAGAGACGACAGAACAAGAGAUGGAAGCCGUCAAGGAGUGGGUACGCUUUCGCAUACCUGGCGUGCAAAUGGACAAGUGGGGUUCAAGAGGCGGUGGCCACGGCCAGCUUCGCUUCAAGGUUCUCAAGGCUGCCAGUCCGUCAGCUGGACCCGGUCUGAAACAUGAAGAGGGCAAAACUGCGAAUGAAGAAUUACAUCCAAUUCGCACCAACGCCUCUGCAGGUUCCGAUUUCGGUGGUAUCCCCGGCCUCAUCCAGCUACUCGAAACGAACCGUGAGGAGCUGGGGCUUGAGUACUAUUCCGUAUCACCUACCACGCUCGACGAGGUGUUCCUACGGGUUGUCGGUGAGGAGGAGGAAGAGUUUAGUACAAAGAAGAAAAGAGUUAGAAAAGAGGGCCUCAUCGGGAAGAUAUGUUGCUAGGGCGCACCAUGGUAAAGUGUCGAUGCAUGGGUCGGAGUUCAAGAUACCAACAUAAGUUUAUAUAGACCGAGAAUGUAUAAUGUUGACAACCCCGG